AUGGACCCCUUAGAAGAACAGAAGCAGGAGAUCGAAGUGCUCCAGUCCAUUUAUCCCGAUGAAUUAGAGCUCGUUUCGCCAACACAGUUUUCCAUUAAUGUGGCGCUAGAAACUGUCUCAGAUACAAAACAUACGCUUGUUCUUGGAGUGGAGUAUCCGCCAAAGUACCCAGAAGAGGCUCCUAGACUCAAUAUUAAAGCAUUUUCGGAAGCGCCCGAAGAAGAAGAGAAUGACAGUGACAGUGACGAUGACACAGAAAAGUUUGUUAGUUUGGCCGAGACCAUCGAGCUAGAAAAAACUGACUUGGCGCAGUUGUUGGCCAAGCUUCAGGAGGAAGCAGAACUCAAUCUCGGGAUGCCAUCUGUUUUUGCAUUGGUGGCACUACUCAAAGAUGAGGCAGAAAUCUUGUUCCAGCAAAAAGUGGACAGUGCACAGCAAGAGUAUGAUGAGAAACUUUUAGCACAAGAACGAGAGGAGCAAAAGAAGUUUCACGGUACCAAAGUGACCAAGGAGUCGUACGCUGAAUGGCGCAAAAAGUUCCGUGAAGAGAUGCAGUUUGAACUCAAGGACAAGAAACGCUACGAAGAAAUGCAUAACGGAAAAAUGACCGGACGCGAAAUAUUCGAGAAGGGCUUGGCCGGAACGGAAGACGACUUGGCCGAGUUGGCCGACGCCGUGGCCAAGACUGAGUUGUGA